AUGGCCACCGCCACCGGACCAGACCCCAAGAGCCUCAACGGCAAGCUACCGGGCCGCAAGGUAACUACAGCCAAGUUCUUCGACUAUGUCAAUGAAAAUGUCGACUGGGAGGUGACAGGCCACAGCCGGUUCAGCGGACGCUGGAGCACCAAGAAGGACUACUACGACGCAACCUGGUGGGAUCUCCCCUUUUUCAUUUUCCCCCUUCACAUGGACCCCGGAUACAAGCUGGAGACGGGUGAGAUCAUUGUGGACGCGGAGACGGGCUGGAGCGUGGUCGAGAUGAAGACGGUGGGCGUCCAGACCAGGGGCGGCGCGCCGUACCACCAGCACUACUCGUGGCACUGCCGCUGGGAUACCAAUGGCAAGAUUGUGGAGGCCAAGGCGUUCUUGGAUUUGGAUCAUCUUGAGAAGGUGUUUGGUGGGGAGCAGAAGAGGCAGGGACUGGUUUAA